AUGACUAGGUCAGGUUGUAGACUAGUAGCUUUCAAGUUUGAGGAUAGAGACUUUAUGCACGAUUUGAUCUGUUUACCAAUGGUGUGGCUGGAGAUGAUUUUGGGGUUUGAUUGGUUGUCGAAGAAUCAGGUUUUGUUGGAUUGCUUUAAACAGACUAUUCGGUUUAUGCCAGAAAGAGAGAAUGGGGCAGUGGUAGCUAUGGGGUAUUACCUGAACUCUGUAAUAGUGCAUUGUAGUGGGGAGGAGUGUCAGGGUUAUAUUCUGUUGGCUGCUAAUGCGAUGGGCGAUGCCCAGAAUUUAGAUCAAAUCCCAGUGGUUAGAGAUUUUCCAGAAGUGUUCCCAGAAGAUAUCCCGGAGUUCCCACCUCAAAGGGAAAUUGAGUUUGCGAUUGAAUUGGUGCCGAGAGCCAGACCAGUAUCAAUUGCACUGUAUAGAAUGGCUCCGAUAAAGCUGGCAGAGCUAAAGACUCAGAUGGAAGAGCUUCUGAAUAAGAGGUUCAUUCAACCGAGUGUAUCACCGUGGGGAGCGCUACUUUUACUAGUGAAGAAGAAAUAUGGAAGAAUGCGUUUGUGUGUGGAUUACUGA